CAGACCCCAACCCAAGCCGGCGGGCGAGCGCCUCCCCCGCCCAGCCCAGCCCUGCAGCCCCCGCCGUCAGCCCCGGGGCGCGGGGAACCCAGUGCGCGGUCGCGGCGCGCUGCCAGGGGCGGGGCUUCUCGAGGAGCGUCGGGUCAGGGCGCCAAUCGUGGAGCCGCUCCGCCUCCGGGCUCGGUUUGAAAUUCCGCGGGGGCCUAACGGCUCGCGGAGCCGCGACCCGGAGCAAGGCCGCCGGUGCUUGCGGGAGGUUGCUGCGCUCGGCCCUGCGUGGAGGUCUGGGGCCUCGACGCCCGGCUGCUUGGAGAGUCCGCCAUGAGGAGAAGUGAGGUGCUGGCGGAAGAGUCAAUAGUAUGUCUCCAGAAAGCUCUGAAUCACCUUCGGGAAAUAUGGGAAUUAAUUGGGAUUCCAGAGGACCAGCGGUUACAAAGAACGGAGGUUGUAAAGAAGCAUAUCAAGGACCUCCUGGAUAUGAUGAUUGCUGAAGAGGAGAGCCUGAAGGAAAGGCUCAUCAAAAGCAUAUCCAUCUGUCAAAAAGAGCUGAAUACCCUGUGCAGCGAGUUACAUGUCGAGCCAUUUCAGGAGGAAGGAGAGACGACCAUCUUGCAACUAGAAAAGGAUUUGCGCACUCAGGUAGAACUGAUGCGAAAACAGAAAAAGGAGAGAAAACAGGAACUGAAACUACUUCAGGAACAAGAUCAAGAACUGUGUGAAAUUCUUUGCCUGCCCCACUAUGACGUGGACAGCUCGUCCGUUCCCAGCCUAGAGGAGCUGAGCCAGUUCAGACAGCACGUGGCCACUUUGAGGGAGACAAAGGCCUCUAGACGUGACGAGUUUGUCAACAUAAAGAGACAGAUCAUACUGUGUAUGGAAGAACUAGAUCACACCCCAGACACAAGCUUUGAAAGAGAUGUGGUGUGUGAAGAUGAAGAUGCCUUUUGUUUGUCUCUGGAGAAUAUCGCAACACUACAAAAGUUGCUACGGCAGCUGGAAAUGCGAAAGUCACAAAAUGAAGCAGUGUGUGAGGGUCUGCGGGCUCAAAUCCGAGAGCUCUGGGACAGGUUACAAAUACCUGCAGAAGAGAGAGAAGCUGUGGCCACGGUUAUGACUGGGUCAAAGGCCAAGGUCAGGAAAGCGCUGCAAUUGGAAGUGGAUCGGUUGGAGGAACUGAAGAUGCAGAACAUGAAGAAAGUGAUUGAGGCGAUUCGAGUGGAGCUGGCUCAGUACUGGGACCAGUGUUUCUACAGCCAGGAGCAGAGACAGGCUUUUGCCCCUUACUAUGCUGAGGACUACACAGAAAAUCUGCUUCAGCUCCAUGAUGCCGAGAUCGUGCGGUUAAGAAACUACUAUGAGGUUCACAAAGAACUCUUUGAAGGUGUCCAGAAGUGGGAAGAAAGCUGGAGGCUUUUUUUGGAGUUUGAGAGAAAAGCUUCAGAUCCAAGUCGAUUUACAAACCGCGGAGGAAAUCUUCUAAAAGAAGAAAAGCAACGAGCCAAACUUCAAAAAAUACUCCCUAAGCUGGAAGAGGAGCUGAAGGCACGGAUUGAAAUGUGGGAACAGGAGCAUUCGCAGGCAUUUGUGGUGAAUGGGCAGAAAUUCAUGGAGUAUGUGACAGAACAAUGGGAGAUGCAUCGAAUGGAGAAGGAGCGAGCCAAGCAAGAGAGACAACUAAAGAACAAGAAGCAGACAGAGACAGAGAUGCUAUAUGGCAGUGCUCCCCGAACCCCCAGCAAGCGGCGAGGACUGGUACCCAACACACCGGGCAAAGUGCGCAAGCUGAACACUACCACCAUGUCCAACGCUACGGCCAACAGCAGCAUCCGGCCUGUCUUUGGGGGGACAAUCUACCGCUCCCCUGUGUCUCGACUUCCACCUUCUGGCAGCAAGCCGGUCGUCACUUCCACUUGUUCGGGGAAAAAAACGCCCCGUGCUGGCAGGCAUGGAGCCAACAAGGAGAACCUGGAGCUCAACGGCAGCAUCCUGAGUGGUGGGUACCCUGCCUCGGCCCCCCUCCAGCGCAACUUCAGCAUUAAUUCUGUUGCCAGCACCUAUUCUGAGUUUGCGAAGGAUCCGUCCCUCUCUGACAGCUCCACUGUCGGGCUUCAGCGAGAACUUUCAAAGGCUUCCAAAUCUGAUGCUACUUCUCGAAUCCUCAAUUCGACCAACAUCCAGUCCUGAGAGGCCCUGAGCGGUCAGCCAGCUGUGGCUUCCUUUGCCUAGACUAGAUCUAAUUAUCUAUGUGGCUUUCAUUUUUCUUGAGUUUAGGUGUGCUUGAGAAUCUGGACAGGUUCCACUACCACGGGCCUGACUUACAGAAGUGAAUGAGUGUCACAGAACAAAGUCCAUCAUCGGCUUAGUGGGUCUUCAAAGACUUGAUUUUGUUUUGACCCAAGAAAUACAUUAAAACUUAGUUCAUAGCAGUAAGUGCAAAUUUUAGCCUAUGGAACCUAAUUGCUGAAGCACGAGCAAGGGCGUGUCGUAUUUCACCACGGUGUGGGAAAAGGAGUGUGCCGGUCCUUGGGGUAAGGACCUGAAGCAAUAUUGGCUCGUAGGCUGUCACUAGUAAUUAACAUCUUUUUUGUUGAGGGACACGGAGUUAACGCUCUGGCUACAGGAGCUUUGCUCUCACCUAAAGAUCUGUCUCCGCCACACAGGACAGCCUUCCUCCUGCUGAGGAUGUGUGUGUGUCAGAAGUGGAGAUGGCCUGACCUACUGCCAAAGAGGUGACAGGGAGGCUGGGAGCUCCUUUGUUAAACUGUGUACAGCUCUGUUAUUGUGCAAUGCCCUUUGUGGGGACGUGUGUGUGAACACAUGCCUGUCUGAGCUCUGUUUCUGCAGUUUUCCUCUGGGUUGAGUCCCCCCAUCCCUCUGCCCGCUAGGCCCGAGUUCGUCUACCCCGGCAGUUGCCGAGUUGGGAGGCUGUUUGGAUGGGUUGGGCCAUUUCUGUUGUGGAGAUCUGGAACUUUGCACAAAUCAGUAUUGGGGAGUUGUUUCUGCUCCAGCGUCCACGUCUUUACCUACCCUACUGAUCACUACUGCUCUCCCCAAAGCACUAUUUAUUCUUACCUUGUCUGCCUCUGUCAGCACGUUCAAUGGUUCUCAAAACUCACCAGCAUGGAUUUGGUCUGUGUCCGCCAUGCUGCUUAGACGUAUACAUGUCCUGUUUUUAAAAUAUAAAUAUAUUCUUAAAAAUAAAUUAAAAUGUGUAUACUUACCUUUCAAAAAGAUAUAUUGUUUUUUUUCUCCCCGGCCAAAUCACUUUUUGGUUGCUUGGGUCUGUGGAAAACAGAAAAGACUAAAAAGAAAAUAUAAGAUUUUUUUGUUCGGAGUAUGGUUUUAUGUUCUGUGCAUUUCUAAAUAUUUCUUGAGAAAAGUUUGAGGGAAAAAGUCCAAUUCCUGAUGUGUAAAUUUCCAUUUGCACUGCUCUCUGUCCCUAACAGGACAUCUUCUAUAGGCCUGGCUUUUUGGUUAACAGCCUUUAUUUUUAUCAGAAAAUAAAUGCCCAUUUACAGUGUACACUUGGAUAAAUUUUGACACAGUUUCACACACUUGUGAAACCAUCACCAUAAUCCAGUUUCUGAACAUAACCAUUACCCCCAAAAUUUCCUCCUGCCCCUUUACAGUUUUCCCCUCCCCACCCCUACCAACCAUUUAUGUGCUUUGUGUCACUGUGGAGGAGUUUGCAUUUUCUAGAGUUUUAGCUAAGUAGAAUCCUGCAGUAUAUAUUCUUUUUGGGGGCUUUUUUUUUUUGCGGGUUUUGUUUUCAAUAUAAAGUUUAUUGUCAAAUUGGCUUUCAUACAACACCCAGUGCUCAUCCCAACAGGUGCCCUCCUCAAUACCCAUCACCCAGCCUCCCCUCCCUCCCACCCCCCCAUCAACCCUCAGUUCUCAGUUUUUAAGAGUCUCUUAUGCUUUGGCUCUCUUCCACUCUAACCUUUUUUUUUUUUUCCUUCCCCUCCCCCAUGGGUUUCUGUUAAGUUUCUCAGGAUCCACAUAAGAGUGAAACCAUAUGGUAUCUGUCUUUCUCUGUAUGGCUUAUUUCACUUAGCAUCACACUCUCCAGUUCCAUCCACGUUGCUACAAAGGGCCAGAUUUCGUUCUUUCUCAUUGCCACGUAGUACUCCACUGUGUAUAUAAACCACAAUUUUUUUAUCCAUCAUCAGUUGAUGGACAUUUAGGCUCUUUCCAUCAUUUGGCUAUUGUUGAGAGUGCUGCUAUAAACGUUGGGGUACAAGUGCCCCUAUGCACGGGGCUGGCUCUUUUGACUUUGAUUUUGAAUUUCAUCCGUACUGUUGUGUCCAUAUUUCUUUCCUUUUUAUGGUUGAGUCCUAUUCUGGGGUAUGGGGAGACCACAGUUUAUUCACUUUUUAUGUUUAUUCACAUUUGGCUUGUUUCCAGUUUAGGGCUAUUAAAAAUAAAGCUGCUGUGAACGUUCACGUACAA